CUUCUUGUCCCAAAGUAAACAGACCCCAAAACCCAAAAGCCAUGUCUAAUCCUCUGAACCUCACCACCACCAAUUUCUUCUUCCUCAUCUUCACCAUAACCAUUCUCUAUGUGACCUACACAAUCCCAAGGCUCCAACUCCAACAACCCAAGCAAACCAACCUAGUCUUCUACGUGCAUGACUACUUAACUGGUCAUGACAUGUCAGCAAUCACUGUGGCUGGAAAAAGUGGGACCUCCUCUAGCAUCUUACACUUUGGCACAAUCUUGGCCGUUGAUGAUCCGGUAACUGAGGGCCCCAGCAUAGAAUCAAAGGAGAUAGGUAGAGCCCAAGGCUUUUACAUAAACUCUCAGUUGGAUGGCAAAGGCUUGCACUUGGUUUUCUCUGUGAUUUUCACUGAUGGAGAUUUCAAAGGGAGUACUUUGGAAAUUCAAGGAGCUGAUAUUUUUACUAUGAAGGAGAGGGAGUAUGGUAUUGUAUCAGGGACUGGUUAUUUUCGUUUUGUGAAGGGGUAUGGUGUUAUGGAGACUGAGUUCAUGGACAUAGCUAAUCUUAGAGCUAUUCUUAAGCACAAUGUAACAGUCAAGCACUAUUAA